CAACUCCGCCUACAGCUCCCCUCGCCGACUUCUGUUUGAGAGCGUGGCUUCUUGCUCACUGCGCUGAUUUUCCUCUUUAUUGUCAAACUCAUCUAGAGCAUUCUCGCCGCACUUCCUUUCUCCCAACAAGCGUUCAUUGUUCGACUUACACCACCAUGGAUCAUCCCACUUCGGCCAUGCUCUCAGUUCGCGCAUAAUGUGGCGCAAGCGCAAACUGUCCCCUCACGCAUGUAAAAGUAAUACCGAAUCACGGAAGAAACGUUGGAAGGAACAUUACACCAUAUCGUCAAGCGACGAUUCAGACGACUCAGAGCACCAGAGCGAGACAUUGGCCGACGACGAAUACUAUAUCAACUGUAUACUCGACGAGACAGAUACUCAAUACCUGAUUGAUUGGGAAGGACCUUGGGAGCCCACCUGGGAACCAAAAGAACACGCCAGCGCACUUGCUGUCCAGGUCUGGGAACAGAAGAAGCAGCAGGAAAGGCGCACUCAGAGCGAAGAGACGCAACCACCUGGAUUUCGAGCCUGUUGCGCCUGAAACUCCUCCGAACCGUACCCACAACAACCCGGGUUCUCCGUUAUUUGUUCCCAUCGAUCAUAUACCGGAAGUGCAGGAAACUUUGCGGGACAGUUCACCUGAGAGCCAAUUGGGAC